AUGUCAACCAAGGUCUCACAAAAUGUAUCGCACAGUGCAAAGACUCAAGACUCUGGGUCGGGAAAGCGCAGUCGAGAGGGAGAUGAGGGUCCCUUAAAGUUUGAAAAAGGCCAAAUAAUCGGGAAGCAUUGGACGUUUGAGAGCAAGGUCAACGAAGGCGGAUUCGGAGCUAUCUAUGAGGUCAAGCACGUCAAAGUAAGCCAAUUUUCGAGUAUUCGUGCUCAAUUUUGACGAGGGAAAGAGUUGACUCAAAACUGAGACAAGUGUUUCUCUCAUUAUUUCUGGGGUCCACAAUAGCUAAAUAUGAAAUGGUGACACUAUUUAUGACAUAUAAAGUCAGGUAAUGACUCUUUAACCCCAGAAAUCCGGUCGAUUUGCAAUGAAAUUGAGCUUGACGGCCAAGAAGGACAUGGAUAAGUUGAUGAUCAUAGAGGUUAGUGUGUUGCGAAAGUUGUCUGGUCAAUCCAUUUAUUUCCCAAAAUACGAGGACACCGGGCACGUCAAAGGAUACCGAUUUGUGGUCAUGGAACUGCUGGGCCCGUCCUUAUCCGACCUCCAAGAUUCGAUGCCCGGCGAAAAGUUUUCUUUGAGUACAAUCGUCAGAGUUGGAAUUCAGAUGUUGAAUGUAAGUUUUUUCUUACACUUUCUUCGCUCUGAAUGCCACGAAACUAUAAGAAUCUUUAUUUUCGUCUGAGGGGAAAACUUGACUCGCCCGGGUCAAGUCUUCCUCUUGCUCAAAUGUCCCGGAUUUCUGUAUCUGAAAUUGCCUGAUUAUAGGCAAUCGAAGCCAUGCAUGGCAUGUACUUCAUCCAUCGAGAUAUCAAGCCUGGGAAUGUUGCAAUUGGCGUCAAAAACAAAACCCAAGUUUACCUUUUCGACUUUGGCCUGGCUCGUCGCUUUGUGGAGCUGGAUGAGAAAGCCGGGAAAAUUAGAGUUCGACCGCCCAGAACGAAUGCUCCGUUCCGUGGAACCUAUCAUUACUGCAGCGUGCAACAACACGACUACCAAGAUUCGUGUCGGAGAGAUGAUCUCUGGUGGGUUCGCAUAAAAUUUUGGAUGCUUUUCUGCUAAAUUUUAGUUUUUUUUAAAGAAAGUUUUGUGCUGUGGUUUCAGGGCAAUGAUGUACACUCUGAUCGAAUUUCGGACCCGAAUUUUGCCCUGGGAACAUGAAAAAGAGAAGAAAAGUAUCGCGGAAUGCAAGAGAAAAACUCCGUUUCCAGUUCUCUUACAGGUAAAAAUUGGUAUUUCACCGUCCCAAAUUCUUUGUCUUGCCAUUAUUUAGAGUUUACGUAUGAGGGAAACACUUGACCCAUGUUUGAGCCAAGUUUUUCUCUCGAACUAAUUUUCUUCUCAUGACAUAGAAAUGCAUUCCAGGGCUGCCCCGUGUUAUUUGAGCACAUCUUACGCUAUCUUGACCGCCUGAAAUACCAUCAUCGACCAUGUUACGACUUUAUUCGGAAGGCCUUCAAAAAGAUCUUAACCGUUCGACGCAUGGAUCCACAUGACCCGUAUGACUGGGAAAUUAAUCAGAAACCAAAAGCAAGUCUAUCUGAUUAUCUUGGCGCCAUUUUCGAUUUGUCUUUUGAGUCAACUUUCGCUCUUAAAAAUUUGAGUCAAGUGUUGCUCUCGGAUUCCGCGAAUGUAAUUUAAAUUUCAGCCUCGCCGCGAUAAGCACCGUGUCUCCUUGAAGGCAGUAUUUGAUGGAGCUUACACGACAACGAACGCUACCAAAAUGUCGAUCGGCUCCGAAAGCAGUAGUGAAGCCAGCCUGGCGGAGACCAAAGACGAAGAAAUCGAGGGAGAUCUGAUCCCGUCGCAUAAAAAGGAGGACGAAGAUCCUUCCAAGGAAUACACUGAACCGGAUCCGCGUCAUAAAAAGUAG